GCUCGACGGCAGGCCAUGGAGAUCCUGGCAGAGCUGAGUCACACCAAGCCUAUCCUGAGUGUGCGCGAGAGGGUGGAGCUGGUGAACACCUGUGUGCGGAGCGUGUUCUCACUGCCCUCGGUGCAAGCCAUGCAGGAGAAAGACGAGUCCAAGGCAGACGUCAUCCAGACGCUUUACAACCAGACCUUGGAUUCCUUGCAGAAACUUCUGAAUGCCCUCUUUAUUGAAGACCCCACUCCUGCUGGGCUGAAGAGCAUCCUGGAGCCCCUAGGGCCCUGGAUGAACUCUGGGAAGGUCCAUGAGCGAGCUCGGGCUGUGAGCAGCAACGUUUCUGUGUUGAACCAUACGCUUGUGACCCUGCCCUUCUUUAUAUUCCCGGGGUUCCCAACACUGGGUCUUCUGCUGGGGAGGCUCCUUCUUCGAAUCGGGGACCCUGACGAAGAGAUCGGCCGGGAAGCACUGGACGGCAUCACUAUCCUCUACACCAUCCUGGAUCUCCAGAAACGGACCAAGAACAAGGAAGAGAUGAACAAGAAGGAGCUGUAUGAGAACAACAAGCGUUUCCUGGGGCCCUACAACCCUGUCAGCCCGUGCCAAAACAUUCUGCGAGUCAUUGCGGAAUUUGGAGACUUCCUGGGGCCUCAGCAGGUAAGAGACCUGCUGCUAGCAGCCUUGGAAGGCCUGAAGGACAUCUCUGAGGUCCAGGGCAAGGACUCCGGCGAGAUGAUGCAGCUGGCUUCUGAGGUCAUGCUCAGCUCAGUGCUGGAGUGGUACCGCCACAGGGCGCUGGAGGUGAUCCCAGAAAUCAUGCAGGGCAUCUAUAUGCAACUGAGCCACAUUCAGGAGCCUCGGGCGCGUGAGGUGGCUCUGCUGCCCAUCUCCUUCCUGGCCAGCUCCUUCAUGACUGAGGUUGUGGUGGCUCUGCUCAUGUGUCCCCUUCCACUGGACAGCAAUGGGGCAGAGAUGUGGAGGCAGCUGAUACUCCGGAAGCCCAGCUGUGAUGUCCGAGACCUGCUGGAUCUGCUCCUGACUAGCCUGAAGGAGAAGCCUUUAACCAAGAAGGGUCGGGCCUCCAUUGUGCCCCUGGCGGCAGCCAGUGGCCUGUGUGAGCUCCUGUCCGUCAACAGCUGUGUGGGCCGUGUGAGGCGCAUCUACCCUCAGCUGCUCCUGGCUCUGCUCAUUCAGGUCCAUUAUCACAUUGGUCUCAGCCUUCCCAGCCGUGUGGCUCCUCGAAAGGAUUCCAAGGAUGACACACAGCCUCUUCUCUUUGCACCUGUACGCUGGAUGGUGAAGGUGGUGAAAACCCUGCUACUGAAAAUGGGCUGUUCUUACGAGUCCGCGUUUCUGGAGGAGCAGGGUGGCUGGGAGCUCAUGGGCCAGGCGGAGAGCCACUACCGGGGAGUGUCCCUGUUGGCAAGGGCCAUGGUUCACUACUCCUGCCAGGAGCUGUGUCGCAUCUUGUACCUGCUCAUCCCGCUCUUGGAGAGAGGCGACGAGAGACACAAGAUCACAGCCACUGCCUUCUUUGUGGAGCUGUUCCGCAUGGAGCAGGUACGUCGAAUCCCUGAAGAAUACUCCCUGGGGCGGAUGGUGGAAGGUCUAAGCCACCGUGACCCCAUCAUGAAGGUGCUGUCCAUCCGGGGUCUGGUCAUCCUGGCACGCAAGUCUGAGAAGAUGGCCAAGGUACAGGGCCUGCUGCCUUCCAUGGUGAAGAGCCUAAAGAACAUGGACGGGGUGCUGGUGGUGGAGGCUGUCCAGGACCUCAAGACCAUCUUCAAGGAACAGGGCAAGAAGCUAACGGACAACUCAGUCUGUGUAGAGAUGCUGCAGAUCCUGCUGCCUCACUUUGUUGACGCAAGAGAAACGGUGCAGGCUUCCUGCAUCAACAUAUACGGGAAAGUGGUUAAGAAGCUCCGGACACCCCGCACCCAAGCCGUAGAGGGGCAGCUGAUCAACACGCUGAUGCCCCUGCUAUUCAUCAUCCAGGAGGGCAAUGCCAAAGUGAGCCAGAAAUGUGUGAAGACCUUGUUCCGAUGCUCUUCCUUCAUGAACUGGGAGUUGCCAAAAAGGGCUUACAGCCAGAAGCCCUGGGAGAACCAGCAACAGACAGUGACCAAAAUUUGCAAGUAUCUUGUGAGCUCUCAUGGAGACAGCGUCUUCACUUUCCUCAGCCAGAGCCUGGAGUAUGCCAAGAAUUCACGGGCCUCUCUCCGGAAGUCCUCUGUCAUCUUCAUAGGGUCCCUGGUCCCCUGCAUGGAGAACAUGAUGACUGAAGAGCGGCUGAAUGAAGUGAAAGCUACUCUGGAUAUCUUGAGACAUGAUCCUGAAGCAUCCGUGUGUAUCUAUGCGGCCCAGGCCCAGGAUCAAAUUAUGGCCAGUUGCUGGCGGAACUCUUGGCCACUGCCAUAUGGGGAUUCAUGGGUGUCUGACCCAUCCAGUACGCACCGCUGGAGUCCCAGCUGUGAGAACCUGCCCACUUCCCACCAAAGGCGCUCCUGGAUCAUGCAGGCAUUGGCCUCCUGGAAGAUGUCUCUGAAGCAGUGA